AUGGCGGACGGAGGAGCAGCGAGUCAAGAUGAGAGUUCAGGACCAGAUGCUAAAGUGAAUAAUCAGUCAGAAACUACUAAAUGUGCAAUGGAAAGUGGUGACGGGAACACCGGGAUCCAAACCAAUGGAUUGGACUUUCAAAGGCAGACGGUGCCAACCACAAGUGCAAUCACUAAUGCACAUGCACAAGCCCUCCUCCAACAGUUGACCCUGACCCCAGCCCAGCAGCAGCUGUUGAUCCAGCAGGCCCAAGCGCAGCUCCUGGCUGCAGCUGUGCAGCAUUCAGCCAGCCAGCAGAACAGCACCACUGGGGCCAGCAUCUCGGCCUCCGCAGCCACACCCAUUACCCAGCUGCCCCUGUCACAGCCCAUCCAGCUCGCCCCUCAGCUACAGCAGCAGAAUCUAAGUCUGCCUCAGUUUGUUCUGGUGCAGCCUGGCCACCCAAUCACCACACAACUGCAGCCCACUCAGUUCAUCAUCUCACAGACACCGCAGACCCAACAGAGCAUAUUGCAAGCCCAGAGUCUUUUAACUCAACUACCUCAAAGCCAAGCUAACCUCCUGCCGACUCAACCAAGCAUCACCCUUGCAACUCAGCAGCCUGCAACUCAAACCCGCACAACAGCAGCCACACCUAUUCAGUCCCUGCCCCACAGUCAGACACCACCCAAACGGUUGGAUACCCCCACUCUGGAGGAGCCUAGUGAUCUGGAGGAACUGGAACAGUUUGCCAAGACCUUCAAACAGAGGCGUAUCAAACUUGGCUUUACACAGGGGGAUGUUGGCCUUGCCAUGGGGAAGCUCUAUGGAAAUGACUUCAGCCAAACGACCAUCUCUCGCUUUGAGGCCUUGAACCUGAGCUUUAAGAACAUGUGCAAACUCAAGCCAUUGCUGGAGAAAUGGCUUAAUGAUGCAGUUUGUGCAGAGAACCUGACAUCUGACCAGGCCCUGUCCAGCCCCAGUGCCCUGGGUUCCCCGGGCAUGGGCAUAGAGGGGAUCAACCGAAGACGAAAGAAGAGGACCAGUAUUGAGACCAACAUCCGAGUGGCCUUAGAAAAGAGCUUUCUGGAGCAGAACCAAAAACCUACCUCUGAAGAGAUCACCAUGAUCGCUGACCAGCUCAACAUGGAAAAGGAGGUGAUUAGGGUCUGGUUUUGCAAUCGCCGGCAGAAAGAGAAGAGGAUUAAUCCCCCCAGCAGUGGCAGCAGUGGAGGAGGCAACACCCCUAUCAAAACCAUCUUUACCCCCAGUAGCCCUCUGGUGGCCAGCACAGCAAGCCUUGUGAGCAGUCCAACUAUUAACACACCCACCACUCUGACUGUAAAUACAGUGAUGCCUCUCACCAGCACCAGCGUCUCCAGUUUGUCUUUUACAGGCACGACGGUCGGAGCCACAAACACAGCAUCCGUCAUCUCGACUGCACCUAUGGUUACUACAGCAACUAGCUCUCCAUCUUUAAGCCCGUCACCAACGACUAUUGAGUCCACGACCACAGAGAGCAAGGCUGGCACUCAUGCACAAACCAUUGUCACGCAGGCCCCGUCAUCCAUAGCCACCACUUUAGGGACAGGCCAGGUGAUGGUGGCGGCUCCAGGGUUGUCCGCUGCACUGCAGGGUGCUGCCCAGUUACCCACCAGUGCCAGCUUUGCUGCAAUGGCUGCUGCUGCAGGGCUCAACCCAGGACUGAUGGCCUCCUCCCAGUUUGCCCCAGGGGGCGCCCUGCUCAGUCUGUCUCCUGGUGGCCUUGGCAGUGCGCUGAGUCCUGCCCUCAUGAGCAACAGCACCCUGGCUACCAUCCAAGCUCUGGCAUCAAGCGGCACAAUCCCCAUCACUUCUCUGGAUGGCAGUAACCUGCUGUUCGCCAACACCUCUGGUAACACGCCCAACCUGGUGACCACGCCGCUCUUCCUGAACCCCCAGAACCUGUCGCUGCUCACCAGCAACCCCGUCAGCCUGGUGUCGGCCGGGGCGGGGGGGCUGCAGGUCACUGCCGAUGCUCAUCAAGCCACCACGGCUGCUGUGCCUGUGCAAGCCUCGACCAUUACCACUGCCUCCAAGGCUCAGUGAAGCCAGUCGGGCUGCAUCCCCUAUUAACGCCCUAUUUCUUAUGUCGUGCACUACUCCUAUCACACCAUGUAGGGAGGGAAUAGGGAGGUCGUUUGAUAUAGGCUCUGCGCUUCACUAACCACCCCACGUUCUUUCCAUUGUAUCUAUCAUUAUUUAAUCCUUUUGCUGCCACCAAAAAGAAAACAGCCUCAAAAGAGGUUGGGGUUGACUUUUUGUUUUUUAUCUUGUUUCUUGUCUUUUCCUUUACGAUUCUUGGAUGUUUUUUCCACAAACAAACAGAUGGACACUGUUGUUGGCCUGCCGCUCCUCAUGAACCUUGACAAGUGUCCAGGAAGAGAAAUAUCCUUGGCACCAUCAAGCUGUUCACAUAUAUAUAUAUAUAUAUUUCCUCCUAUUUCCAGGUCAGAAUUUUCUCUGAAGUACUUCUAACCAAAAACUUAAGGAUUUUUCUCUUUUAACAUUCAAACUAAACUGAUUUACUACUAAUUUCAAUUUCAUCAUCACUAAUGGGGAUUUGUGUGUCACCCCAUCUUUAAUUAUCUCUUUUGGGUUUUUUGGACAGGCCUUGACGUAAAUCAUAUCAAAGUUAUAUUGUAGAGAUUUUUUUUUCUUUAUCUUUGCUGUCUAUAUUUUUUUGACAUUUUCAGAACUUUGUAAGUCUAAUAUUAAGUUAAGAUUUAACUAUCAAUUUUUAAUCGUGGUUAUAAGGCUUUAAAAACAAGUAAUAAGUGGCCGAUAUAAAGGUUAUCAUUGCUUUAAGGGUCAGAGGGACCAGAUGUGUCUCUCUGAGUCUCUCUUUCUGGAAACACUGACUUUUACAUUUUGCUGCGGUGGCGAAGUAGCCACCGGGCUUUUGUAAAAUGACGGUCGAGGUGCGGAUUUUAGACACUGAGAGAAAAUGACUGAAAACAUUUCAUUGAGAGCUUUAAGAAGAGCUGCAGAUGUGCAGUCCUGUGUCCGAUUGAGGGCGAUUUGUUUUGGAUGGUAGUUCAUUGGAAAACUGUAUAUUAUGUUUGGAUUCAGAUGUAGAAAUUAGAAGUCUGCAUGUGUUGUCUACAGCUCAGGCAGAUGCUGAGAGUUCAGUAACUGCAUGAUCCACAAGGCUGUGUGGCUGACUAGUCUGUUUUUGGGGAGGACUAGUCAGGGGGCAUGGUCAUCAUACCAAAUGGAUGGUGGCAUUGGCUAGAUGGGAUUAUUGUGUUGUGUUUUUGUUUUCUUUUUUUAAUAGUAGUACCGUCGUAUCUACUUGUGCACAGUAUCUGUACCAAAAAACUGGAUUGAUGAGCUGCAGUCUGCCUGUUUUGGGAGGAAUGAAAUUCUGUCUUUUUUUGUCUGCAGUCAUUUGACUGGCUUACGUACUUUAAGAUAUACCAAAAAUAUUUGUUAAAAUAAUUGCUGUGUGUAGUCGGUGUAGCUUAGUCUAGUCAAUAUAUUUAUGAGUACAGAAUCUCUCUUCAUUGUCAACAGAAUAUAGAAAUGCAAUAUUUUGAUGAUCAUUUUCCAAAGAUGACCUUUUUUUUUUUUUUUUUUUGUUAAUUUGACCAAGUGUCUCAUAGCUCGACUUUGUAAUUGGCAGCACAACUGACCAAAAUG